AUGACUGAGGAACUAAAUAAAAACAUUGGUGGCUUGAUUGAAAAGUGGAAAAAGAAACAAAUUUCUAAAUUGAUUUCACAAAAUGAGGCUUCAAGUGAUACAUGGGUGUUUCCAUUGGUACAGAUGGGUGAAUUCAACAUUACACAAGAUGAGUAUGCAACAUGCAGCAUUCUUGCAUCUGUUCCUAAGGGUUCAUACAUCAGAUUGGCUACAGGCUAUUUCAAUUUAACAGAAAACUAUGCAAACACAUUACUAAAAGUUUGUAAGGCCAAUAUAAGCUUGUUAAUGGCACAUCCAAAUGCUAAUGGAUUUAUGGGUGCAGGUGGUCCCGCCGGUAGAAUACCUCAUGCUUACUCCUUAAUAGCAAGGAAGUUCUGGCAAAGAGUUGUUGAUACUAAUCAAACAAGUAGAGUACAAAUGCUGGAGUUUGAGAGGCAAAAUUGGACUUUUCAUGCAAAGGGCUUAUGGUAUUAUCCUCCUGGUAGCGACAGGCCAUGGGUGACAGUUGUCGGCUCGGCAAAUCUCGGCGAGAGAUCGGUGCGUCGUGAUCUCGAAGCUCAGGCUGCAAUUUUUACAACAUCACCGGAUUUACAAGAAAGAUUGCACAACGAAUGCCAAGAAUUACACAAGUAUGCUUCAGAAUGCAGUGGGCCAUUACAAGAGCGAAAAGUGCCACUGUGGGUGCAAGCGACAGUGGGCCUAUUCAGAACAUAUUUU